UUACACCCCCCCCAAAAAAAAAAAAAGAAAUUGCCUCUUUAUUUUUACAGAGAUAAAGAUCCUCGCAGGUCUCCAAAACCCUAAACCCCCUCUUCCUCUCUCGACUGAACAACUGAGCACCUCCAGCCAUGGCGGAGCUGAAAAUCUCAGAGAUGCGAGACCUAACUCGAAUAGAACGCAUAGGUGCCCACUCCCACAUCCGUGGUCUCGGCUUGGACUCUGCGCUAGAGGCUCGGGCAGUCUCUGAGGGUAUGGUGGGCCAAACCUCAGCCCGAAAAGCCGCCGGGGUUAUUGUUAAGAUGGUCCAGCAAGGUAAAAUCGCCGGCAGGGCUGUUCUUCUUGCGGGUCAACCUGGCUCCGGAAAAACUGCAAUUGCCAUGGGCAUGGCUAAAUCACUGGGCCAAGAAACCCCUUUUGCUAUGCUAGCUGGAAGCGAGCUCUUCUCUCUCGAGAUGUCGAAAACUGAAGCUCUCAUGCAAGCUUUUAGAAAAGCUAUUGGAGUUCGAAUUAAAGAAGACGAGGUUAUUGAAGGUGAAGUUGUGGAGAUUCAAAUUGCGCCGGCAGUUGCUGGAGCUGCGUCGAAGACUGGCAAGUUGACGCUGAAGACGACAGAGAUGGAGACGGUCUAUGAUUUUGGGGCGAAGAUGAUUGAGGCUUUUGGAAAAGAAGGGCAGAGUGGAUGUUAUUGCUAUUGAUAAGACUUCUGGAAGAUUACGAAGCUAGGGAGGUUUUUUCGCGCGUCGAGAGACUAUGAUGCUAUGGGCCCACAGACGAAGUUCGUGCAGUGCCCAGGGGAGUUGCAGAAGCGGAAAGAGAUUGUGCAUUGCGUGACGCUCCAUGAGAUUGAUGUAAUCAACAGCAGAACACAGGGGUUUUUAGCUCUCUUCACUGGUGAUACCGGUGAAAUUCGCGCUGAAGUUAGGGAACAAAUUGACACAAAAGUUGCAGAGUGGAGGGAAGAAGGCAAGGCAGAGAUUGUCCCUGGUGUUCUUUUCAUUGAUGAAGUGCACAUGCUUGACAUAGAGUGCUUUUCUUUCCUAAACCGUGCUCUGGAGAAUGAUAUGGCACCUAUCUUGGUUGUUGCUACAAACAGAGGCAUUACUACUAUCCGUGGCACUAAUUACAAAUCUCCACAUGGGAUUCCAAUUGAUUUUCUUGAUCGACUGCUUAUAAUCUCCACGCAACCGUACACUGAAGAAGAUAUAAGAAAAAUUCUGGACAUCAGGUGCCAAGAGGAAGACGUAGAAAUGUCCGAAGAUGCAAAGGUUUUACUUACAAAGAUAGGGGUUGAUACAUCAUUGAGGUAUGGCAUACACCUAAUUACGGCUGCUGCUUUGGCUUGCCAAAAGAGGAACGGUAAGAUUGUAGAGAUGGAAGAUAUCAGUCGAGUGUAUGAGCUGUUUUAUGAUGUCAAGAGAUCAACUCAAUACUUGAUGGAAUUCCAGAGCCAGUAUAUGUUUAAUGAGGUUCCAGCAGGAGAAGGGGAUGAAGAUGAGGCCAAUGCAAUGGUUUCUUGAGGCGUUCCUUGUGCUCGUGCAACUUUAAGAUAACUUCAAGUUCUUGAAUUGUAUCUAAGCGCAUAACUUUGUAAAGACUUAGUUGCCGCUUGAUUGAUUUGUAUUUUGUGAAUGGAGAUGUACAAUUACUUGACAUGCCAGAAGCAUCAACUAAUCAUUAAAGAACUGAGCUGGAAACUUGCGUUUUA